CGUUUCCUCCAAAAUGGCGAGCGGCGGCGGCGGGGGGGCGUCAGUUGCUGCCCUCUGGAGCGAAGUGAAUCGUAACGGCCAGAAUGGAGACUUCACGCGCGCCCUCAAGACCGUGGACAAGAUAUUACAGAUCAGCAAGGAUGAUAUAACUGCGCUGCAUUGUAAAGUGGUGUGCCUUAUCCAAAACGGUAAUUUCAAGGAAGCUUUGAGUGUCAUCAAUUCUCACACCAAAGUGUUGACUGGUGAUUCUAUUUCGUUUGAGAAGGCAUACUGUGAAUACAGGCUGAAUCGAAUUGAGAAUGCCUUGAAAACAAUAGAAAGUGCCAGCCAUCAGACUGACAAACUAAAGGAACUUUAUGGACAAGUGUUGUAUAGGUUGGAACGUUAUGAUGACUGCUUAGCUGUAUACCGAGAUCUCAUCCGAAAUUCUCAGGAUGAUUAUGAAGAAGAAAGGAAAACAAACCUUUCAGCAGUGGUUGCUGCCCAGAGUAACUGGGAAAGAGUAGUACCAGAAAACUUAGGCCUUCAGGAAGGCACUUAUGAACUAUGCUACAAUACUGCAUGUGCACUAAUUGGACAAGGCCAGCUGAAUGAGGCACUGAAAAUCCUACAAAGAGCAGAAGAUCUUUGCCGUCAAUCUCUCUCAGAAGACUCUGAUGUGACUGAGGAAGACAUACAAGCAGAACUAGCAAUCAUUCAUGGUCAGAUGGCAUAUAUUCUCCAACUUCAGGGUCAUACAGAAGAGGCUUUGCAGCUUUACAAUCAAAUAAUCAAAUUAAAGCCAACAGAUGUGGGAUUGCUUGCUGUAAUUGCAAAUAACAUCAUUACAAUUAAUAAGGACCAAAAUGUUUUUGAUUCCAAGAAAAAAGUAAAACUAACUAAUGCAGAUGGAGUAGAGCACAAGCUUUCCAAGAAACAGCUGCAGGCUAUAGAAUUUAACAAAGCUUUACUUGCAAUGUAUACAAACCAGGCAGAUCAGUGCCGUAAAAUAUCAACCAGCUUACAGUCCCAAAGCCCUGAACAUCUCUUGCCUGUGUUAAUCCAAGCUGCACAGCUCUGCCGAGAAAAGCAACAUGCAAAGGCAAUAGACCUCCUUCAGGAAUUUUCAGAACAGCAUCCAGCCAGUGCAGCAGAAAUUAAACUGACCAUGGCUCAGCUGAAAAUUGCUCAAGGUAAUAUUACCAAAGCCUGUCUAAUUUUGAGAAGUAUAGGAGAGUUAAAGCAUAAACCAGGCAUGGUAUCUGCAUUAGUAACAAUGUACAGUCAUGAAGAAGAUAUCGAUAGUGCCAUUGAGGUUUUUACGCAAGCUAUCCAGUGGUACCAAAAUCACCAGCCAAAGUCUUCUGUUCAUUUGUCUUUGAUAAGAGAAGCUGCCAACUUCAAACUCAAAUAUGGCAGGAAGAAGGAUGCAAUUAGUGACCUGGAGCAACUAUGGAAGCAAAACCCAAAAGAUGUUCAUACUCUGGCACAGCUUAUCUCUGCUUAUUCACUGGUAGAUCCUGAGAAAGCAAAAGUUCUUAGUAAACACUUACCCUCAUCAGAUAGUAUGUCUCUGAAAGUAGAUGUAGAAGCACUUGAAAAUUCCCAUGGUGCUACAUACAUUCGGAAGAAAGGUGGGAAGCUUACUGGAGAGAACCCACUGAAAGAACAAGGGCAAGGAGACGUAAAGAAAAAGAAGAAGAAAAAGAAAGGGAAACUCCCCAAGAAUUAUGAUCCUAAAGUUACCCCAGAUCCAGAGCGAUGGCUUCCAAUGCGAGAACGUUCCUACUACAGGGGAAGAAAGAAGGGUAAAAAGAAGGAUUUGAUAGGGAAAGGGACACAAGGAACAGCUUCAUCAGCAUCAUCUGAAUUGGAUGCUAGUAAAACUGUGUCUAGUCCACCUACUUCCCCCCGGCCUGGGAGUGCUUCAGCAGUAUCUGCCUCUACAAGUAACAUAAUACCGCCACGACAUCAGAAGCCUGCAGGGGCUCCUGCCACAAAGAAGAAGCAGCAACAGAAAAAGAAGAAAGGGGGAAAAGGAGGCUGGUGAUUUGGACAAUCAUGUCACAGUCGAUUUUUUAAAACUCUCUCCACUGUAAGGCACCAGGAACAUAAUAAAGGUCGAACAGCAACAAGCACAGGGCUUUUUUAUUCCCCUCU